AUUGAAUAUUAACUUUAGGCGAACCUAAUAAGUAAUUUGAAUUGUUAUGUAAUUAUUCGUUAAUUGUGUAUAAUGUUUAUCUAGAAUGAGUGAUUUUUAUUACUUGGAUUUAUCUUUAGAAUUAGCGCAAGACGAUUCCAACGUUUCUAUUAUAUAUUUGAAAAAGAAUAUUAUAAACAGUUUGAGGCAAAUAUUUGGAGAAAUAUCAUCAAGUGUAAAUAUUGAUAUACUUAAAUAUGAUUCAUGUGAACGACGUGCUAUAAUCAGAGUGCCUGCAGAGCAAUAUGUUAAAUUGAGGAGCUCCUUAACUUUAUGCAGUACAUAUGAAAACAUCAGUUGUGCAUAUAAAAUCCAUAAUAUUUCUCCUUCCUUGCUAUCAUUAAUUGGUAACAGUAGAACCUAUAGUCAUUAGCUCUAAUUACGUAUUAAAGUAAAGUAAAAUA